AUGAGGAACUGGGGAGCACUGGCAUAUCUCUUCUUCUUCCCUGUUUGGGCAGGGGUGAAUCGAGUGGUUCUAGGACUUGGCCCCCAUGUGAAGGGGAAGGAUGCUCCUGCAAGGCACCUCCAGCACCAGCUGCAGCAUGGCUCCUGCACCUACACUUUCCUGCUGCCAGAGCUUGGGGGCUGUGACUCGCCUGCUGCUGAAUACCAGGUUUCCAACUCACUCCAGAGGGAUGCUCCCUCCCUAGCCGAGGCCAAGUGGCCAGUAAAGAGGCUUCAGCAGCUGGAAAACAUCAUGGAAAAUAACACCCAGUGGCUACAGAAGGUAAGACCAGGGGCUUGGAUCUGCAAGGGACUGUCAUGUCCUCCUAGGCUGUGCAUAUACCAUACAUUCAAAGCACAUCCCACCACCCUAAGAAUCCUGAGAACUGUAGUUUGUUGAGGGUGCUGGGAAUUAUAGCACUGUAAGGGUGUAAACUACAUUUUCCAGGAUCCUUUGUGUGUGCUUUAAAUAUAUGGUGUAUAUAUGGCCUUAGAUAAGUGGUUCCCAACCUUUUUUUGGCCAUGCUUCGCCUAAGUAUCUCAAAAAUCCUGAUUCCCUCCACACACCCUGUGACAUAUACCGUAUUUUUCACUCUAUAAGAUGCACCAGACCAUAAGAUGCACCUAGUUUUUGGAGGAGGAAAACAAGAAAAAAAAUAUUCUGAAUCUCAGAAGCCAGAACAACAAGAGGGAUCGCUAUGCAGCAAAAGCAGUGAUCCCUCUUGCUGUUCUGGCUUCUGGGAUAGCUGCGCAGCCUGCACUCACUCCAUAAGACGCACACACAUUUCCCCUUACUUUUUAGGAGGGAAAAAGUGAGUCUUAUAGAGCAAAAAAUACGGGAAUUCUUAUUAUUCAAAAAGUGAACUCCUGUUCACGUGGAGGAAGCCUAAAAGGCCAUUAACUGUUAAUAACUCAUUAUGGGGUUUCCGGAUAGCCUCCCAUCCAGGCACUGACUGGACACAGAUCUACUUUGCUUCAGGAAGGUUGCAGCAUCAUACCUCCAGCCCUCUUGUGCAACAGAAUCCAGGGAGAUCUGUAUAAGUCAUCUGAAGAUCCACAAAGCACACAGUCAGGUGGUGAGAUCUCCUGUACAAACUCCAUUAGCAUUAAUGAAUGCUGCAUAAGAGACUGGGCAUAGCUGAGUGUGGUGUGAACAUGCACCUAAAGUGUCACAAUGUGACUAAAAGACUGUGUUGUGAAUUGGAGAAUCUCUUUGAAUCUUGCUUUUGCCUUGAACUAGGAAUAGGUGAAUCCGUCAAUUUCAGUUUACCUCGGUUUAUCAUUUUUUCACUCUUAAGUUCAUUUCUCUACAGUUUAUAAUUAUUAUUUUUUUAAAGCUGCAUGAAUAUUCACCAGUAUUUUAGUAUUUCUCCUAAUAUGCACAUCUUUGUGUCCAAUUUUGCCAAAUAUAUACAUUUUUUACAAAGCAACCUCCCCUAAUAUAACACAUUUUUAUGCAUACUUUACUCUUCAACCAUAGAUCAGGAUCCACAGGCAGGUCACAAAGCCACACCAGGUGGGUCACAGCAAAGCUGUUGAUGCCCUGUUGGAUUCUAGCUUAGGCUGACCAAAGAAGUACGUCUGGGCCAGAACACAUUCUUCUGAUCAGAUGCUUUUUGUCAAUUUCUACAAGUGCUGCAAUGUGGCAAUAGAAAGGCAGAAUAUCUAUCAUCUAUCUAUCUAUCUAUCUAUCGCUAUCUUUCUGGCCACCUACAUUCUCAUGCCUUUCUCCUGUCACACUGUGGGGCUAGUUUUCAUUUAGUAGCAAUGCUAAGGUAAUAUGUAUAUUGCUCUGUGAUUUUCCAUUUUAGGGUUAAACACAAUGCAUUAUUAGCACAAUUAAGUCUAAAUCAAAAGUAUAAAUGUGAAUGCUUCACCUACACAGCAACCUGCUGAUCAAGAUACUGGAGCAUACUAGGAAUCCCCCCCUCCAGUCAGUUGGCAACACUAAUCUAAAACAGUAGCGGAUGUGACUCAGGAAUACGCAGUAAGAUGACCACAGUGACUCCUCUGCUUGUAACCUCAUCCAACAUUUUAACAAUUAAUCAAGAGCAGGCAGUUUCCCCACAGUGAAUGUGCAUGUGCCUCUGUCAUUUUCAAAUUGCUUUAUUGCUGCUCUUGUUCUUAAAAUAACAGUACAACUGGCUUUUCAGCUAUGCACAUGCAGUGGUGGGGAAGAAGAAUGACAGAUGCGAAAAGGGGGGAGAGGGGGCAAUGUACUUUAGGAAUGCAUUGCAUAUACUGCUCUUUUUCCAGCCUAGCAUUUUGAUAUGCAUGUGGAUAUUUUCAUGACUCUGUAAUUAUAUCAUUUGAAAUACACUCUCUUGAAAGUUCUCAGUACAGGCCCGGUAACUAGAAAGCGACCGUCCGGUGGCAUUAAUAUCCUUAGAUACCCUUGUGGGAGUUGCUCUCCCUGCCAGAAUACUAUUUCCCUUUGCUUCAGCUGUUUGAGGGCAGCAGGCGAAAGAUGCUUUCUUCAGGAUGAGACACAAGCUUAGGAUGGAAGAGUGGUUACACAUGAGUAUUCCACAUGGAGGUAUCUAUCAGCUACAGAGACCCGAUUGCAUGCAUUGGGUUGACCAUGAGGUCUACAACCAUCAUAUUUCUUUAAGAAGGGGGCAGGUAAGUGUGAAACGAUUGUUGUAUGAUUCUGUCAGGGCUGGCCCACUCAUGUGGCAAGGUGAGGCGACUGCCUUGGGCAGCAGGAUUCACAGGGGCAACAGAUCCAGCCUCCAAGGAAUGCAUUGCCUGUUGCUGCAAUGGUAUAACCGACAGCUACGGUGUACUCCUUGGAGGCUGGAUCUGUUGUGUCAUCAGCAGCCCGCACCCCAAUGCCACCUCUACAGCAGCCUCUUGGGGUAUCCUAGGGAUUGCUUGCACUUAGCGUGAGGUUGAUUUGAUUCCACCCUUGUUCCCAAAAUAGAUCUUUAUCCCCCCCGCCAUGUUCAUUCACUCCAUAUUCCCUGGUGGGGGGAGCAUUUUGUGGUUUGCCUCGGGUGCCAAAAUGUCUUGAGCCAGCCCUGGAUUUUGCUCUGGCGAUACCCCAUUGGCAAGCGAAAGCUAAGAUAGUCUGUGGGACCAUUAGCAAAUCUGGGUCCAGACAGCUCCCUAACUGCGCCCCCUCCGCAACCUCUGGCGCCAAGCCUGCUCUCUAAUUACAAGUUUUUGGUCGGGCAGUCUUGUUUCCAAAGGACUCUGCUUCCUGCCCUGUUUCAUUUUGUGACACUCAGAACAAUCUGUCCGCCCUAUAAUUCCUGCCCAUUAGCCAGCACUGCAGUAACCAGGGAUGCAGCCUUUAACUAUAGAAAUGAGAGAGCUUUGGGGGCCUUAUUAGACAAUGAUCUUAAAAACAUUUGAAGGUUCUCAUUCUCUGGGGUUUAUUGGAAAAGUCUUCCUCUUCAUCAGGAAAUCUUCUAGAAUCAGUAGGAGGCUAGAGAUAAAACAAAUGUAUUUGGGGGAGAUAUUCUGGAGCGAAUCACGUACCUUGGCCGUGUAUGUUUCUAAGUUGUGUAGGAGGAACUGCUUUCACUGGAGAUUAAUUUUGCUACCUGAAAAAAGGAGCAUGUUGUCAUUUUAACAUUCAUUUUGACAGGUUUGAAUCAUAGGUUGCCUUUCUGUAUACUGCUCACCCCUUCUCAGUUCUGGCAAUAUUACUUUACAUCUAACACAGCAGUGGCUUGACUCCAGCUCCCAUCAGCCUCAGCCAGGACAGUCAGCGAUGAUGGGAGCUGUAGUCUAACAGCAUCUGUUGGGUCACAGCUUCUCUUCUGUUAAGAGGUGGGAUAUGGAUCAGCAAUUCCUCAGCCAAUCUAAAACCAUACCUAUGGAAGGCUCCUUACUUUCAUUCCACCAGCACUGAACUGGGUCUGGAAGCUAAUAGGAAAAAGUGCAGAUGAGCCAAAAUAGGAAGGCUGCAGUCCAUUGGUCUGCAAAGAACUCUAAAAGGCUCUCCAAACUAAGGGUUUAUCCACAUAUCUGUUCAUCCUGUAAGUUAUUCUGUUUGUCCCAUGAUUUCUGGUCAUGGGUGCAAGAGGUUUUAGUUUUGUCCCUCUGUUUUCCCUGGGAAAAGCCCCUGUUUACUGCUGGACCAGAACAAAUACCAUUCCACGGAAAACCCAUUGACAUCUGUUACAAUUCAGCAGUAGACAGCAGGUUUUCCUGGGGAAAGCAGUGGGGCAAAAAAACUCACUAAGAUUUCUGGUCUUGUGCCUAGAAAUCACAUGACAAACUAAAGUGUGGAUGAGCCCUAAUGAGCAACAAAAUGGCAAAUUAUGCUCAGUGUAGGUGUAAAAUUUUAGAAUAUACGGCAUACAAUUCUAGUUGCCUCAUCUCAAAAGGUGGUAAGGAAGUAGAAAAUAUAAGCUAAAAGAUCAGGGAAUUAAGAACAUAUUUUGUAUGAGAGAAGGCUAAUGUAUUUGGGGUUUUUUAAUUGCGGGGGAAGACAACUGAGAGGCAACACAAUGGAGGUUGACUGAAUUAUGGAAUAGGUUGUGUGAAGAAAGGGAAGAAGAAGAAGUUUGCAAUAAUAGGUCCAGUGGGGGAGGGCGAAUGUGGUGGGAUGAUCAUGUUUGUACAUAUGUUGGCCAAAUCAUCUGCAUAAACAGAGAGGAAAGAAAAAAAUAUUAUGCAAAGAGCUUCUGAGAACUGAAAGCCAAAUAUACAUCUCAUUGUUUGCAAGGAAACAUCUUUUAGUUUUAAAAAAAUCAGACAACCUUUGUUGAAAACAAGCCAUGGGAAACUGUUUUCAUGCUGAUGAUCUGAAACUGCUGUGCAAUCAUACACAUGUGCUGCUUUUGUUUUGGCAGAGAGGUUUAUAGGGUGGUCAUGUUGCCGAUUAUCAGGAACAUAGUUUCCAGGUGCCAAAAUGUACUUGUAAAUAUUGGUUAAUAUUUUACACAAUGAUUUGAAGAGUGAAGAUGUGACAUUAAUUCUGCACACUUUUCUUAUGCAAAUAGCAGUAAGUCUGAGUUGGUCCCAGGAAUGUGGGGCAAAUAAGAAGGGGGCGGGGUUGACUCCACACUUCCUUUAGUGCCACAUUUAUAAGCACAGGUACAGGCUGUCCAGGUCCAGGUCCAAGCGGUUGCUUUUUCGUCUCGUUGAAAACCCACAUUUUACUGCUGAAUUGGAGCAAACAGAAGUCAGGCUUUCCACAGGACACUUGCAUGCCCUAAGUAAUUGGUAGAAAAGUUGCUAGACGAAGCUUCAGGUAAAUGAAGGAACAGGGGUGAAAAUCAAGGACAUCACAAAUAUAAGCUUAGAAAAUUAAGCUCCGCAUUUUCAGCUAUAAACUAAGGUUGGUUAACCAUUGGUUUAAGGGAAGAAAAAAGCAACCUAGAGGUUGGUCUGCUUCCAUUUUUCGGAAGUCAUGGUGCAUGUGUGAUGGAGUAUUAAGUCCUCCUCCUAAGAACAAACUUUUAUUAUCUCUCCCUCCCCCCCAUAAACAGCUGGAGAACUAUAUCCAGGAUAGUGUGAGAAUGGAAACAUCUGACAACCACAUCAGUGCUGUGCAGAAUCACACAGCGGCCAUGUUGGAAAUUGGCACCAGCCUUCUGAACCAAACAGCUGAGCAGACUCGCAAGCUCACUGAUGUAGAGAUGCAGGUAAGCUGGGCUGCUAUUUAGGGAAGGCAGAGCAGAGAACUCUGAACCCCCCUUUUCUCCACUUCAGAUCACUUGUGAUUAUUUUUUCAGGAGCCCUUGUAUUUCUUGCCAACGUGGAUUCUACAGGCAAGCAGUUGUUACAGACAAUUAAAUGGGCCAUGGAGGGUCCAUUGGGGAAAAUGGGGCACUGGCCCACCAAGCUCAGACUGCCUCCAGCCAGCCCCCCACCUCAACACCCCCUUACUAACAACCAGUACAAGAGGUGACACUGGCUGGCUUCUUCCUCCUCAGUGCUGCCUUUGUGAAAUUCAGCAAGGUGGAUGAUGUGGACAAAACAUGAAUUAGUUGGCUCCACCUAUAAUUUGCUCUGGCUCCGCCUACUUUUUGCCUCUCUACUUCCCUCCCUCACUGUUGAGCUGCUUGUUUUUCCCUCUACUCUCACCAACCAGGUUUUCACCCAGACCUCGCGGCUAGAAAUCCAAGUACUGGAAAACUCCCUUUCUACCAACAAGCUUGAGAAACAGCUGCUGCUGCAGACUCAGGAGAUCAGCAAACUUCAAGAGAGGAACAGGUCAGAGCUGUGCUUGCUUCGUGCAGAACAAAUCAAGGCAAAGUAAUAGAAUCCAUGCAUGUUUGUGUAAUUUUACUCUGGUUGCAGAAUUUUUGAUGUCUAGCUGUCAGGCCUAGCCAUGUCAUGAGACACACUGAGCGACUUGCCUCAGGUGGCAGACUGGGAUGGGCAGCAGCUUCUGCUGGACUGCCAGAAUGAGCAUACCCCUUUGCCACUCACUGCUUGCCACUCAAGCUCCCAUGAUCAGCAACCGCUUGGCAAGGUACUGUUGAAACCUUGCAAGACUUCUUAGCAGUGUCUGCAGUAAGUAUCAGCUGAUGACACUGUGAGGUGGAGUAGCAGGAGGGUCCUAGGUCGUCUCAGGUGAGAAAGAGCAGGCAAGUUAAUAUGGGAACAGGUGGUUCUUCAGCUAUCUUGGUACCAAACCCCUGAUUAUGUAUUUUGUAUCUUUCAUAGAUUUCUAACUACCUUGGGUACACUUUCUAAGACAGAAAGGUGGGGUAUGAGUGUUUUAAAGGAAACAAUACUAUUAACAUUGCCUGUAUGUGGAGGAUUCCCAUUAUCCUUUCCCUUCCCUAGCUUCCUAGAGAAGAAGGUUCUGGCUAUGGAGGGGAAACGUGAGGAAGAGCUUCAAGGCCUCAGGUCUGAGAAACAGGAAAUGCACAGGUUGCUGUCCAAGCAGGUGGACCUCGUUGGGCAUCUGGAACAGCGUCUGGGCGCUGCCCUGGUCAACAACACAGUCCUCCAGAGACAGCAGGCCUCCCUGGCAGAGACUGUGAAGCUCUUGAUAGGCUUGGUGUCCCAGUGCAACCGUAAGUAACUGUUUUUCCUGAAGUGAUUUUUUUUUCCCCAGGGCAAUCCUGCUCUACUUAUUCAGUGCACUUUGGGGCUCGUGUCAAGGGCUGCCAACUGCCCAGGCCCACAUCCCAGUAGGGAGCCUGUUGAUGUGAGCUCCUGAGACCUGGUGCAGUGAGGAGGCAGACUACUUGAGGGUGGGUGUGUUGCCCAAGGGCACAGCUGAAUGCUUCUGUCUGCACUCCUAAGAUCCCUGGGAAUCAUCCACUGCAGACAAACAUCUACAAGGAGAUGGCUUCCUAUCUGGUUGGCCACUGUGAGAGCAGUAUACUGAAUGAAAUGGGCCUUUGGCCUUAUCCAGCAGGGUUUUUCUUAUGUUUUUAACUUUCUGAGUCUAUGCCUACAAAAAUGAAUGCAUGGACAUUGCACAGAUUGAAGACGGCUAUACUGAAAGCACCUCUUUGUCUGACUCUUGCAGACAUUUCUCACGUCCACCCAGAAGAGCAGAAGACAUUCAAGGACUGUGCAGCUGCAUACAAAUCAGGGUUCACCGCCAGUGGCAUCUACACACUGCAGUUCCCCAACACUACGGCCACCGCAAAAGUGAGUGCAGGCAUCAGGGCCUAGACACAUUAAGAACGGGGGCCCUGUGGCCCAUCGGAUGUUGCCAGACUCUCAACUCCCAUCAUCAUCACCAACAGUCAGGGAUGAUGGAAGUUGUAGUCCAGCAACAUCUAGAGGAACAUCUAGGAAGUGGGUGGUGGAUUGUGUUAAGGGAUGCUCUGUUACUCCUUUGCACCUAUAGAUGGACAGUUCCAGGCAAAGAUGCAGAGUCCCUCUUAGGAAUAAUUGUGUGACACCCCUCUGAAUUCCCUAGAAUGUAGAAAUCCUCCCUCCCUCCUGAAGCUCACUUUCCCACAGCACUUUUCUCCACAUAUCCUCCCUCUUAAAAAACAACAACACAACAACAACCAACUCCGAGGGCUCUGAAACUGGAAGUGAACCUGCACCUGAGAAACUCACAAUCUGUGGGUUCUUUGUCCAGCUCUGAAUAUGAGGUGUUAAUGGAUGGUGCAGAAUUGGAAGAGUUGUUGUCCCUUAGGGCACAGCUGAGGAACCUCAGGCCCAGCUGCAGCUUCUGGACAUUUGUGAAGUUUCCCUUCCAUUAAUGUACUGCACUCCUUGCAGGUCCUCUGCGACAUGGAGACCAGUGGAGGUGGCUGGACUGUAAUCCAGCACAGGACGGAUGGUUCUGUCGACUUUCAGCGCACCUGGAAGGAGUAUAAACAGGUAAGGAAGAAGGUGGGCAGAGUACCGUAGUUUAUCUCUUUUAAGGACCAGAGAUAUACUUGAAUUUUUUUUAAAAAAAAGAGUUUUAAAUCUAGCAGAGGCAGGUUCACUUAAUUGCUUAUGCCUGUGGCAGCUGCUGAUACAAUCCUGUGCUCUUCCUUAUGUCCAUGACAAAACCUAUUCCAGCACCUAUUGCACAGAGAACGAGUCAGACUCCGAUGCAGUGAAACCACCUGCACAACUUCUGCAACUACUUUUUUAUGUCAGCUCCAAUUGUGCAACUAAUUUGUAUACCAGAUCUGUCUUUUCCCCUUUGAAGUGUCUCCUCCAAUUUACCACACUUAUGGCAGCCAUCAACAUUUCUCAUUGUCUUUCAAGUCCUGUCCACUGCUAGCCAGCCAGGGGUGUGUGGGUGUGUGUGUCUGUGUGGGUGUGUGGGUGUGUUCCAGCAUAGUGGGGUAAGUGGUCAUAAAUCUCAGUGGGACUUGCCUAGGACAGCUUUGUAAAUAAAUUGGUGUUCAAAUGGGCCUUCUUCCAUUUCUCUUUGAAACUGUUUGAAGUGUGACUCUACUACUCCCAGUGAGUGUGCAGCAGCAUAGUAAGCCGAUCAAGUGCCUGGGGCAGUAUACGUCCAGGGGUGGGGUGAGCCGAGGCAGGAUGUUCCGCGGGGCCUCCGAGGAGUCUGCCUGCCUCCUCCCACUCGGCUGCCCUACAGCCAGCGUGCAUAAGCCACUGCGUCUCUCCCAGGAAAGACACAUGGUUCGGGUGCACUGCAGGCCCUGCAGUGGGUGCCGCCCGGCAUUUUGUCACCCCCCUCAAUGGUGACACGCGGGGCGGCCCGCCCCCCACUGCACCCCCCUUCCUCUGCCCCUGGAUGGGUAGUUCAGACAACUGUAUACAUGUAAAGGAUCUCUCAUAUGAAAAUGUUGGGGCCAGCAGGCAGGGAUCGGUAGAGGGGGCUGAAAGCAGAGUUAUUUGGAUGAUGAUGAGUAAAAUGAAAGUAAUAUUAAAAAUAGGCUAGCCAACACAAAAUGACAAAUGAAGGUAAUAGACAGGACAAAAGGGUAAGAAAAACCCUUUAAUGGAUAGAAAACCACAUUGCCAUCCUCAAAAUUUGUAAAAAAAAAAAAAAUUCAAAAUGGAACAAACAACCCACCCACCCACCCACCAACUCCAGGUCUAAACUAUUAAAGUCUAAACUAUUAAAAUACCAAAAGAAUGAGUGGGCCUUUCAAGUUGAGGCAAGUUGUGAAGGAGAAAAUAAAUUACAGCAAGGUGUAAUUGCAUAAGGUGAACCGAAGAAAAACCUUUGUUUGUUGAGAAUACUGGUGCAGCAAGACCCUGGUGGGGUACUUACCUUAAGUUUUACAAUUAGUUCUUGGGGGGGGGGAUUGAAGUGAUUUGCAGAAAUGUCACCUAAACAUUAUUCCACCUAAACAUUAGGAAGAACUUCCUGACAUUAGACAUUAGGAAGAACUUCCUGACAGUAAGAGCUGUUCGACAGUGGAAUUUGCUGCCAAGGAGUGUGGUGGAGUCUCCUUCUUUGGAGGUCUUUAAGCAGAGGCUUGACAACCAUAUGUCAGGAGUGCUCUGAUGGUGUUUCCUGCUUGGCAGGGGGUUGGACUCAAUGGCCCUUGUGGUCUCUUCCAACUCUAUGAUUCUAUGAUUCUAUGAUUCAUUUACUAGCAAGGGUCAUUUGCGAGUAGAAUGAGAAAUGAGCCGAUUUUGCACUAGGAAAUUCUGAAAGUGAGUGAAAUAAAACUUUCCUGCAAGUUCAAACCCUAGUAAGGAGUAGGCUAGUUUCUCACAGAAAAUGAGAAGAAUAGAACCUGUACGUUUUGCUUCAUAUCUCAGGUUCUACAAAUGCUAGAAACUAUUUAAAAAGAAGCAGAGGCAGAUUGCAAGUGGUGGCUUCUAUCAUUAGUAACUACCAAAUGGAAACUUCUUGUUUGUUUUGGAGGAACAUUUGGUCCUCUGAAUCCCUACCUGCAAUUUGAAGUGGUACAGUCCUGACACAGGUUCACCACCUUAGUAGAAGCCAACCAGGUUGAUUACCAGCUGGGAUUCCCGCCCCUCCCCGCAAUCUCUGCCAUACCAGACCAGGCGGGCUCUGUAGCCUCGGUUGAGCCUUUAUGUGGUUCAUUUGUGAACUGCUUUCCCUUUCCUCUAAGCAAUUUCAAAGUAAAAGCAUGAAUAAAAACAGUUAGAAACAUUGUCUAAGAGGUGAGACAGUCUUCUGUAACUUCUGUGAUGUGCUGUAUCAGGACUCUAUUAAUCUGACAUUUCUGUGUUUUUCUUGCAGGGCUUUGGGUCCCCACCUGGAGAGCAUUGGCUGGGCAAUGAUUUCAUCCACUUACUCACCACACAAACUUCCUACUACCUUCAUGUCAAACUCCAGGACUGGGAAAACAAUGAGGCCUAUGCCUUGUAUGACCACUUCCAUGUAGGGCCUGAGGAGCAUAACUACCGGUGAGGAGCUUAUUUCCUUGUGGUGCUAAAAUAAGCACCUUAUUCAGGCAGGGAACAGGCUCCAUGGCUGCUGACUGGCCCUAGUCCAUGAAGGUCAGUUGAAAUUUCAGGCCUAGCACCACCACUAGUCCUACUCAGGAAGUGCUCUGGAAAGGUCCAGCCCUGAAUCCUACCAAACUUGCUGGACUCCAAUUUAAAAAUAAAACACAAUUUUAAAAACCUCUUGGUGUUAUUUCUUGGCGCUAGAACACCAGAUUUUGUGUUUCAGCCCUCCAACCAAAUAAUGUAUAUACAAAUGUGCAUAUUAGGGGCAAGUGUAUUUUAUUCAAAACUGUAUUUUUAAAAAGUUUAUAUUAGGUGAAAUUUGCACUUAAGAUGCUGGUGAAUUUUCAUGUGGACUAAAAUACUAAUAAUCGCAAACUGUUAAGGAACUGUAGAGAACUGAAUUAAGAUUGAGGGAAAUGAGAAACUGAAACUGUCCCGAUUCGUCCAUCCCUAGUCACAUCUAGUUGGGCCCUAAAACCACAGUGUAGGACUAAGAAAGAGGUUGGCAUAAGGGUUUGGGCACACCUUACUAAAUGGUCUGCUCUGGACCGAAAGCAUUCAGCUCUGUUAACACUGAUUUAGAACUACAGAGAGCUGCUGGUAGCUAUGCAAGUGCAUGACCUCAGGUAGGAAAGAGAUCUUCCUGGAUUGCAGGAAAACAGGGAUAUACAUAGUACAGAGAUAAACAAAACGAGCAAACCGCUUGCUUAUGAGACUGAUGGCACAGCCCUACCACAUUCAGACUUUUUGAAAUAAACAUUUCACCUAAGGCCAAGCAAGUAUACCUUGUUUCAUAUUUCAGAGGAGAGGCAACCAACAGAGCAUUGUAGCUGACAAUGGUACGUUCCCCCUUUUGCCCCUGCAGGCUUUAUGUCGGGAGAUACAGUGGCACAGCUGGUCGCACGAGCAGCCUUAGUCCCUCAGGGACAGACUUCAGCACCAAGGACGUCGACAACGACCACUGUGCAUGCAGGUGUGCACAGAUGGCAGGUGGAGGUAAUGAGCAGAAGGGGAGGGGAAGUGUGUGCCACACAACUCCUAUAUUGUGUUGCAAAUUCAUAUGCCUCAGAGCACGGGUGACCAAUCUGCUUGGGAAGAGUGACUUGGGGGGGUUGCUUUAGGGUUUAUGGGCAGAGUACCCCAACGUUCCCUGUUCUUUCUCUUUUUCCUCCUCCCUCUGUCUCCAGGCUGGUGGUUUGACGCUUGUGGACCCUCGAACUUAAAUGGCAUUUAUUACCCGCCCAGCCCUGCCAUGAACAGGUACAAUGGCAUGAAGUGGCACUACUGGAAAGGCCCCAGCCACAGUCUGAAGGUGACCACCAUGAUGAUCCGCCCUGUGGAUUUCACAGAGGAAUAA